CUCAUCUUCUCCGCCGAAAGGUUGAAGCUCUCCAGUGGCGAUUCCAAUGGCGAUUUUGGAUUGAAGAAUUGGAGAUUUGUUCUUACUCUACGAUUCCCUCGGUGGCUCUUCUUCCUCUUCUACCAUCAAUUUCAUCACCAUCUCACGUUUCUAAACACUAGGUAUGUCUCAAGAGUUACCAAAACGUCUUUUUAAGCCGGGUGAGGAGCCUCAAGUCAGUCAGAUCAAUAUAUAACAACUGCAGGAUGGUAAGGUAUCUCAAAAGGUUAGAGGAAUGGAUGCCAAAUGAGUUGAAAGAAGUGAAGAAAGAUCGGGUUUUUGCUCCGAUUUUUAAGUUGUUCGAGAAUGGCUUGGGUUACUCGGCGAGAGUGAUACACAGUUUCUUGUGUAGGGAGCUGGUGACUUACAAAAUGCAUGAGCUCUGGUUUGUCUUUGCGAGGAGACCACUCCGGUUUUCAUUGAUGGAGUUCCACGCAGUUACCGGGCUUCAGUGCGAUGCUAGUCUCUCCCUUAAGGAGCCGGUUGACUGGGAAGAUGAUGGUGGUUUCUGGAGCUUAGUGAUUAAGACAAAUAAGAGAAUUUCUAUGUUGGAGCUAUGGAAGAAACACAGGAAAGCUGUUAAGAAGUGGAGUAAUGCUGAUCGAAUUAGGCUGUUGUAUCUUUGCAUCAUUGUUUGUAUGGUUUGUGCGAGAGAUCAGAAGGCAAAUAUCCCCAUCAAGUACAUCAAGUUGGUCAUGGAUCUUGAGAAGGUCCGAAAGUACCCUUGGAGAGUUGCUUCUUUCGACCUUCUAUGCGAGCCAAUAGGUAAAACACGUGACAACCUGAAGGAGAAGACUACGAGUUACGUGUUAGAUGGCUUCUAGGCAUGCGCAUUCGGAUUACCGGUUCGGAUCCGGGUCGGAUAUUUUGGAUUUCGGAUAUUUCGGAACUAGUGAAAAUGGUACCGAUCGGAUAAUUUAAAAUUUCGGAUCGGAUACGGUUCGGUACCUGUCGGAUCCGGUUAUAUCCGGAGUAACCAAAAAAUUAACGGAUCCAGUUAAUAUUUAUAAACUAAAUAUAUAUAUAAAUAUAAACUUUAAAAUACAUAUAUAAACACUAUAUGAUGCGUUGGUGUAGUGUCACGUGAUGUGGUAAGUGCAUGAUGAGAUUCAUAGUUCGAUUCACUACUGAUACAUAUUAAAUUUCAAGUUUAAUUUUUUUUUAAAACACACAGAGUAAAGAUCCCACAUCGGUUAAGUUUAACGAGGAAUAGGGUUGAA